AUGGAGAAUGACAGGGGGUCUCUCACCCCGCGGGAUGCGGAAAACCAGAAAAAAGAAGUACAGCUGCGGGUAUUCCCGCCGGAAAUGAAGUUUCUAGACACUGUGGCCGGUAAAGUGUACCGCCUACCCAUAACUGUUCACAACCUCGGCCGGUGGAGCCAGAGGAUCCGAUUUCAGGAGCCUAUCAAGCCCCAGUUCAAACUUCUUGUGAGCACUCUGGAUCGGGCCCUGGCGUCAGGUCUUCAAAUGACAGCUAUAGUAGAAUAUCAUCCAGACAAAAACGAAAACAUCAAUGACCAACUAUAUAUUACAAUAGGAAAUAAGACAUUAGAAAUUCCGAUCUUUGGGCUGAUUCCAGUAUGUAAAUUGGACAUUGACUCUGAAGUUAAUUUUGGUACCCUGGUUGCCAACAGUAAAGUAUAUUGUAAAGAGAUUACUAUCGUUAACCAUGGCAAAGCUCCGGGUACAUUUAAUACAGAAUACCAGGGCCAACUACCUAUCAUCAUUUCUCCAACCAGUGGUAUCGUAGCACCUGAAUCAUCAACGGUUAUAAAAGUGGAUUUCUGCGCAGACCAACCUAGAAUUGUAAACGAAAAGGCAAAUGUCAUCUUGCAAGGACGUGCUGAUUUGCUCUUGACCAUCUGUGCGCACGUGGUCGAGCAGAUAAUUGAAUUACUAAGCAAGACCAGUGACAAGAAGUUGGAAUGCAUUGACUUUGGUUCAGUUUUCUUUGGAACAUCUAAAAUCGAACAUGCUCUUCUACACAACUAUAGUCCGGAACCAAUGAACUGGGUUGCUAUCAUGCAAGACGAUUCCGUGGGACAAGAACUGGGCACGGACAUCCAUCAAAGAACAGACAUCGCUUUAAAUAAUCUGACCCACGUGCGCAAAAUGAAAACCAUGGACAGUACUACUUUUAUUUCCUGUGUUCCUAACGAAGGUUCUUUACAACCUUAUGAAAAAAUGUUGAUAACAUUUUGUUUCAGCCCAAAGCUGAUAGCUGAUGUUAAAAAGAAAAUCGAUCCUUCUCAUAGGCAAGAUUAUGCCGUCUUUUUGAGAUUUGAAACUGUUGGGAGUAAAGACAGAUUUUCCACGGACGAUAAUUAUAAAACUACCAAAAGUGAUCGAUUCAAAAAAGUGGAAUUAGCAUUGACAGGCUCAGGAAUUCCUGUAUUAUUACAAUUUGAACCAGGAAAGAUCCUUAAUUUUUCACCUUGUGUUGUGGGAGAACACUCGGAGCUUGCUUGUAUCAUAAAAAAUCAGUCUAAAUCUCUUCCUGUGACAUACAAUUUCAAAAAGUCUGCGCAUUUUAAAAUUGAUCCUGAAAAAGGAAAAAUUGAUGAAGGAUGUAUUCAGAAUGUGUUGUGCUCAUUUAUUCCACAUCAAAUUGGAGUCUUUAAAGUGAAACAAGUAAUAGAGCUUCUUGGGCUUGUGGCAGAUGAAAACAGGCAAUCUGCAUUGAUGAAACCUUUUUAUCAUGUAUACUUAGAGUUCAACAGCAUCUGCAAACCAUCUAUAAAAAAUGAUAGGAUGAAAAUUACUCCAGGUAUGCUAUUGUGUACAGGACAGUUUGUAAUAAAAGACUUGGAUACAUACAAAGAAUCUGCACCUAUAGCUAUGCUUCAAUCAAAUAAGACAUCCCUUCAUACUCAUCAGUCAAAUCAAUGGUCAAGAAAAGAUGAGCUGAUAGCCUUACCCAAUGACCGUAGUGGAAGUAUUCGGCCCGGAGACCAUCGUAAACAUUUCAGGACAAUUUUCACCAAAACUCCACGAUAUAACUAUGUGGAUCCUGAUUAUGCAUAUAAUGAACUUGAAAAAAUGAGAAAUGAAAUACAUGACAACUACUAUACAAUGUAUAUUAAACAUUUAAGAAGUGUGCGCCUCAAACAAGAAAAAGAAAGGGAGAGCAUGUAUCCAUAUAAUGAUACAGACAUAGGUUUACAGCCAGCAUCAGGGUUAAAGUCACCCUCCCCUUCUGAAACUGAUAUAGAAGAGGAUCUAUCUUCGCCAGACGGUCUGACCCCAGCUGAUGAAUUGCUUAGUACUAGUCAUAUAACAUCCAAAGAAAAACAGUCCUUGAGAAGAAGGGUUCACAAAGAACUUAAAUCUGAACCAUCAACACCUGAAGAAAAAGAUCAUUGUAGCACCAUUUUGUCACCGAAACAAAUUCAUCAAGUCAUUGUUGGACCUUCUGUCCUUAACUUUGGUAAUAUAUGUGUCAACUCGACAAGUGAUCAUCCACUACAUAUUGUUAAUAUGCUACCUAUACACAUAGUGAUCCACUUAGAUGCCGAUUUAGAGGAACUUCGAAAGACCAACCAAUUCUCAUAUGUUAUUCCACCGAUAUCCAGUACAUAUAUUUCAAUAAUAUUUGAAUCUGCCACCAUUGGAAAAUUUUGGAAGUCUUUCACUUUCACAGUAAAUAAUGUACCUGGUGGACACAUACUUGUAAUGGCUGUUGUCCGACCAGUAAAACUUGAGCUAUCUUCUGAUCAACUAAUAUUGAGACCACAAGGUUUCCUGAUGAAAACAUGUUUUCAGGGGACAAUUAGAUUGUAUAAUCGUCAGAAUUGUUCUGCCAAAUUUGAGUGGCAACCGGUAAAUACUGAAAGAGGAAUUGCAUUUUGCAUUCGUCCAGCUCACGGGACUGUGGAAGCAUAUUCAUCUCUGGAAUGUGAAGUAAAAUGGCAACCAAGUUUUAAUGCUCCAGAGAAGGGAGAAUUUAUUCUUCAUGUCCUUGAAGGAAAUACAUUGACACUAAAAUGUGUUGCACAUCUUGGUCACACCAAGGUGACAUUUUUGGAACCCAGGAUACUCUUCUCUAACUCUCCUCAAGGUUUAACAACAUGGAGGAAGGCUGUUCUACACAAUGUAGGACAAAACCAUGCUUAUUUCCAGGUCUGUGACCAGAAUCUUUUGCCUAACAUUAGUAUUACACCAUCACAAGGAAUAAUUCCUUUUGGAGGGAUAACUGUUCUCAAUAUCUCCUGCACACCUAUGGUACCAGAAAAAUUUGAUACAAGAGCAAAGGUUGAUAUUCGUCGUGCAAACGUCAUAGAUCUUAGAAUUGGUGGCUCUGUUGAGAUUGCUGACAUUGAAAUCAAUCCAGAUAUAUUUCAGUUUAGUGGCAUCUAUGUCGGUGCUACCCAUACCAUUCCAUUUGUAAUAACAAAUAAAGGCAUAACACGUGCCAGAGUGGGAUUUAAUCUAGAAGACUUUCCAGAUUUUUCAAUGGAUUUUAAAGGCAAAUCAGGGAAAUUCACAGACCCUACGGUUCCUUACAUACAUGCCUUGGAAAUAGGGGAAAAUACAUCUGUAGAAGGUGGCCUGGUCUUUUCCCCAAAAGAAGUAACAACAUUCGACUUUACUAUUCAAGUUCAAAUUAAUUUCUUCGAUGCAUCCCAACACUUUACUGAAAAUUUGUCUUCUCCUUUGACUCCACGGAUAGCACCACUUAUUCGACCAUGUUGUGUUCAAGCAAUAGUACUACGAGCACCAUUGCUAUUAUCCAGCAAUGAAUUUGAAUUUGAAAUACCUUUACAUGAGAUGGAGCCUAAAAAUAAGGUGGGAAGAAAUGAGUUUCUUGCGAUGGAAAAUAUUUCAAAGCAUGAUGUGCAAUGGACUUUAGAUUUUAAGAGCACAAGCAGACUUUUCAAAGAAGGAAUAUUCAGGUUUAGUGACCUGAAUGGAACGCUGAAACCACGAGAGAAGCGUGCGGUUUCUAUAAUUUUCUGUCCAAAUUAUCCAAAAAAGUAUGCUAUCAAUAUCCCCAUACGUUUAAAUGACAAUCCAGUUUGCUAUCGAAAGUUACGUCUGAUUGGAGAGGUAAAAUCACCCAAGUUACUUUUUGACCCUCCGAUUGUAUUUUUUACUCCUGUUCCUCUGAAUGUGACAACUGUAGUGGAUAUCAACAUCUUACCUGAAAAUUAUUUCAGAAACUCUGGUCUACAUCUUCAAAUCCCUACGGCAAGACUUCUUGACGGUGAAGAAAUUUAUCCUUUUUCUAUGAAGUUCCCAAAAGGGAAAAUUAUCACAGGCGCUCACAGUGGAGUUAACGAUAUGAUUCCUUGCCGAUUAAGUUUUAGUUCUUCUAAACCUGUGUCAUUUUUCACCAAUCUUCUUUUUUGUGAUGACAGAAGUAACUGGUUUUCACUUCCAGUUACUGCCACGGCAGAAAACUGUCUCCUUACUAUUUACCCAUAUAUGGCAAUUCAUCUGGAUGACUAUAAAAUUACUUUAAACAAUGAUAAAAAUGGAAGUCCUCUGAAGACUAGAGAUGUUUUGCUGUCCCACCAGGAUGCUAGAUCACCUUCACCUAAAAAGCCAUCCACCUCUACUAAAUUUUGUGACCUUGACCCUGCAAAGGAAAACUUAUACAUUGGAAUGGAAAUAAUAUCUGAAAAUUUGGGAUUGGAUGAAAGUGAAACAUCGAAGAAAGAUGAUAGCUAUGUGGAAAAAGAGGAGCCAAACCAACAAUUCUUUACUCCUCAAGAUGGAACAGAGACAUAUACCUUCUUCGAGAAGGUUGUAAAUGCAGCUCAGACCUGGUUCAGUCUCUUUGGCUGGGCUGAGGGACCCCAUUCUCUAUCUAUCCCAGAGUCUGCAAGAAGGGAUGUAUAUAAAAUACAAUUCUACUCAUCAGCCUCAUCAACCAAAAAAAUCUCCCAACAUAGUGACUUUUCCAAAUACAAUAAGACCAUUUACGAUGUGCUGAUCCAUUUGUGUGGAAAAAUCCCACCUGGAAUUAACUCAAGUCAGUCAUUACCUAUGGAUAACAAAGAACGUGUACUUCAGCUUCAUUGGCAACAUUCCUCACUUUUGGACUUUCUAAGUGCCCAAGGAGGAUGUGUUUCCCACAUACUCCCUGAAUUUCUACUCGAACCUGAAGACUUUAAAAAAUGGAGUGAAAUUACAUGUACCAAUAGUCCUAUACCUGCGGGUUCCAAAAAAACAGAGAAAUGUUCUGCGGCUGCAGAAAUGGCUGACUUUGAAGCCCGGAGUAAACGGGCAUGGACAGAUGUAUUUCUUCAGAUAUAUAAGGUUAUGGUUCUAUCCCGAGUUGUACCAUAUGGCAACAGCAAUAUGCCUCCAAGAUCUGGGCUAACUACACCAAAAAUCAAUCCUUGUUUCAUAUCCAGCAAUAUCUAUUCACAUUCGGAAAGAAUUCUACUUAGUUGGCUAAAUACAAAUUAUGAGAAUACUCGUCACAUUAUAUGGAAAGAUUGUCACAGAGACAUUAUACCAUCUGAAAAAUGGAUAGUAAAUUUUGACACAGACCUUUCAGAUGGGCUUGUUUUGGCAACACAGCUGGGAGCCUACUGCCCAUUUUUGAUUGAGACUCAUUUUAUAAAUAUGUACACAAGACCACACUGUCCAGAACAGUAUCUACAUAAUGGCCUUGUUGUUUUAAAUGCUUUUCGUGAAAUUGGCUUUGACAUGAACAUAGAGGCCACUGACAUCUGUGACCCAAACCCGAUCAUGAUGCUUAUGCUUUGCGUCUACAUGUAUGAAAGGCUGCCAACAUACCUGCCCAAAAAGGUGGUGCCCUUUAAUUGUACUCUACAUGACACCGUGAUGAGACAGAUUUCACUAAAAAAUUCAAGCUCAAGAAACAUAGUGUAUAAUGCUAUAAUUGUUGGAAGAGAUGCUACUGACUUUUCCCUCUCCCAAUCAGGGAAUGUUGUAGCAAUUUCUCCCAAAAGCCAAAUUAAUCUUAGUCUGAAAUUCACCAGUCGUUUUCUUCACCCUGCUGAGGCUUCAUUGAUAUUAAUUUCAAAAAGUAAGAAUGCGUUUGGAGGAACUGCUAUGACUUUUGCCCUAAAGGGUGAAGUUGUUGAUUUCAAAGCCAUUGAAGUUAUAAAAUGCACAUCUCCAUGUUAUCAAUGGAAAGAAUUCACUGUGAAUGUGAAAAACCACUUUGAAACUGAUGGAAACUUUAGGGUUAUUUUGGUGGAAUCCCCAACGAUAGUGUCAUUACCAUCACAAUUAAGGGAUUCUGAACAAUACACGGACCAUGAUGAUAGUGUGGGCGGAAAUGACAGUUUUCAUGCAUGUUCUUUAAAAACCUCAAUUAAGUCCAAUUUCGUCAGAGAAUUUUUCUCUUCUUCACACAAUAUUUACCUGGAAACGAAUGAAACUGCAAUCUUGGAGAUGUUUUUUCUGCCUUUUAAUAUCCAUGUGCGCUAUUGUGUAAUCAUCCUGAGCAACAAAAAGAUCGGAGAAUUAAUAUACGCUGUGGAAGGAAAAGGAAUGAUUCCUUUACCUUCUAGCUUUUUCCCGAAGGAAACUUCUUCAAGUUCCAUUGACUACAGCACUUCGCCAGACGAAGGUAGAGUAUACAUGUAUCCAGUUCUGUAUUUGAAAUGUGAUAUCCGUCAAAUCCUGGAUGUGGAACUUAAAUUUCCCUUAACAAAUGAAGCAAAGGAAAGGGCUUUGGCGUUUGCUGCGCAGCAGCAGAUGUCAGAUAUUGAGUAUGAACGAAGGUUGAUCACAGGCACUCUGGAAAGCAGUAGUGUCCGUGUGGCCAUUGCGCUGCUCGGGCUGAGCAAGAUUGAGUCGCUUAUGCUCUUUAGUAUGUCCAAGAUGAAGAAGCCUAAGUCUAUUUCAUACAUAACUGAAGUAAGCCUCCCUGAGCACUUUGAUAUUCCAAAGAAAAUUAAUAUCCCUCAAAUUCAAGAACCACAAUCUAAGUUGACGAAAUCUCAAAGAAUUAAACCUGCAAAAUACUCAGAUGGAUUUGUUCCCGUUCCUUUGAGAUUUGCGCCUCUUACCCCUGGACGCUACCCAUGUAAAAUUUUGAUGACAUCAAAGUAUGAUGUGCGUGUCUACCAGAUUGAAGGUGUGGUGAACGAAGAACAUCCUGAGGCCUCAUUCGAAUUUGAAACACCAGCGUUUGAAUGCCUUACCCAGAAUAUUCCAAUGGAAAAUAAAACAAAGAAGGAAUGGAAAUGUCGUGUUACUAUCGAGGGAGAAUGGUUUUAUGGACCACUGAUUUUAUGUGUUGGCCCAGGUGAAACGGCGCAGUAUCCUCUCACAUUCAAACCUAUUUUUGAAUGCGAAGUUGUGGGUAAACUUAUCCUCCAAAAUGAAGUAGAUGGAAUGGAGCAUGUGUUUGAUAUAAAAGGGAUCGGAACAAAGCCCCUGGCUUUGGAGCACAUAGUCGUGGAAUGCACGGUUGGAGAAACAGCAGAUAAACCCAUAAUGGUACCUAAUCAUACAAAUACCAUCCUGACCUUUGAGGUAUCUUCAAAUCUCCCAAUUGUGUGGGGAAAUCCACGCAUAACUGUAGAUCCUGAUAAUAUAGUUCCAUAUAUUCUACAUGUCUGCCCUUGGAAACGUGGUGUAGUGAAAGGGGCAAUUUCCUUUUCCGUUAAAAACAAUCAAGAUGAUUUUCAGGACGAGAAAAAUCGAAAAUCCUCCUUUCAGAAAACACUAAGAGAACUAGUGAAUGAUUUUCAUGAUGAAGACUCAGAUGAUAGUACUGGAAGUUUAAGGGUCUGGUAUUCUCUUGAGAUCCAUAGCUCUCCUGGACCACCCAUUAAAAUUAUUGAGAUGGAGUGUGUGGCUUUGAACACCAUUUGCCUUGAAAUACCACUGACCAAUCCGAAAAAUGAAGUCAUGCACUUAGAGCCACAAUUUACAUGUGAAGAACUUAGUGGAUACCAGAAAGUUACACUGAAUCCACUCGAAUGUACUAGUUAUGUCAUAAGAUAUUCUCCGGCAACCACAGGCUAUAAAAAUGAAAGUAUUAUUUUUCAACCUGAAGCAGAUGAAGAAUUCUGGUAUUUACUCAAAUUAACUGUUGAUGUACCAAAACCAACCAUAUUGCCAGAAUUAAAGUGUGACCUUGGAAAAUAUGUUUCUCAGAUCAUUCCUUUGGUGAAUCCCACACAUGAAACACUGGAAUUGAAAGAAACAAAUGACAAUCCUGAAAAUUUUGUCAUGGAUUCUGGAAGACCAUCACCUCUAAUUAUAACUCCUCAUUCCACCAAAGAGUUAACUAUUCGCUUUUAUCCUUCGAUGCUUGGAAGAGCUGAUCAACAAGCGUGUAUCAACUUCCAAUGCUCUCAGUUUAAAGAAUGGAAAUUCUACCUCUCUGGAGUAGGACUGUUCCCUAAACCUCUAAAAACAGAAAGAAUAACUGCAUCUAUUGAGCUUCAUUCAUCUAUUAUUUUACCUUUCAAAAAUCCUACCAAGGAAAAUGUUUUCGUCGACGUUGUACUAACAAGUCAACACCGUCCCAGACAUCUUGUUAUUGACCAUUGCUGGGAUAGUUUUAUGGAAGAGACAUCUGCCUUCCGAUUGAGUACUGUGAAUCAAAUGCAAGGGUUUGAAUUGCCUCCCAAUGGAAAUGUAGAAAUUCCAGUAUUAUUUAUGCCUCAAAUUAUGAAACUGCACAAAACAAUUGCCAUCGUUCAGAUGAGAAGAGCAAACAGAAAAAAAUGGCCUAUUGACAAUUUUAAUGAAUUGGAUGUAGACACACAAAGAACUCUGGGAAUAGAGUCUGGAGAAAUCCGAUCAAUAUACUGGAUGCACCCUAUUCUCGGCAUCCCACAGGCUCCGUUUCCUAGAUGUCCUCAAGCUGUCAUAAAAUGUCAGUCCAGGAAGCGAGCAGAGGAAAAUGUGGAAGUCACUCUGUACGGUGAUUUUUUUGGAGAAGAUCCUGAUGCAGAUCUGACAGAAUUUUCAGUGAAUCCAAAAAGAUAUAAAUAUAAAUCUUACGAUGGUAUUCAUGAACUCCCUAUAAAACGCGAAUUUGAGUAUGAAAUUGAAUUUGAAUCUGAAACUGUGAAGACUAGCUUGGAAUCCUGUAUCGCUUUAUAUCUGAUCAAAAAAACUUGUAAUGUCAAGGAUGAAGCAAUAACAAUGAUUUUCAAUGUUAUAUUUACACCAAUGAAACCAAUGAGGUCUCAAAUUAUGCUGAAGAUAGAAUGUAUAAAAGAUGGCGUCUGGAAAUUUCCCAUAAUGUUGGUUGCCACGGACCCUGAUAUAGAUGAUGUCAUCGACAUUGAAGGAAUUGGUUUAUUUAAAGAAUCCGCUGUUGACUUUAGGUUAACAAGUCAUACUGGACACUCCGAACCAUUCACCGCGUACUUCCUACCUGGCAGUGAUCCAGAGUUUUUCGUAAGACCGCAGGCUGGUGAACUUCUUCCUUUUCACACCAAAGGAACUCUCAUCACUGUAGGAUUUAUACCCCAAAUGUACAGCAAAACAUAUAAGGCAACAUUAGUGGUACAGACAGCAGAUAUGUACUGGAUGUAUAAUAUCAAUGGAUUACCUCAAGGAUCUGCACCCAUCAUGAAUGUAAAACCCAAAGUUGAUACUUUUAACAGAAAGUAUAACCCUAAGCCACCUCGUCGACGCAAUUACAUCAGAGAAAAUGCUAAAGUCGUAAGGACAGGAACCUCUUCUAACAACAAAGGUGAUAAUUCGACUAUGAAAUAAUAAAUAAAAAUUCAUACCUAAAGUA